AGCGUGAGGGGCUGGCGCGGGGCGGUGCGGCUGCUCCACCUGUCGGGGCGGGCUCGGGCAGGCCAGGUGAGGCGGUGCUGGGCCUGCCUUUCGCUCCUUCCACAGCCUCCCGGCCGGCCGCCGCUGCGGGUGCCGGCAGCAUGGCGGAGUCCCAGGUGGUCCUGCUGGACGAUUCACACGUCAACGAGAAGGUGACGGAGGCCCAGGCCCGCUUCUACUACAGCGAGGAGCAACGCCGGGCCCUGGAGGUGCUGGUGACCCGAGGCGAGGCAGCCUACAGGGAAAACCUGAGGAAGGAGCAGCUCCGCGACUUCCUCUCCAGCCGGGAGCUGCAGGCGCUGCGGGGCAGCUGGCGGGGCUACGACGACCCCCGGGACAGCGGCAAGGUGUUGCGGGGCCCCGGCGGCGAAGCCCUCUCGCUGGCCUACUGGCCCGAGUGCUCGGACACGGAGGUGCCCCCGCUGGACCUGGGCUGGACCGACAAAACCUUCUACCGGGGCAUCAGCCGGGUGGCUCUCUUCACGCAUCCCCGCAAGGAGGAGAACGCACCCCACGUGAAGGAGGUGGUGCGGGAGAUGAUCCAGCAGGCGCAGAAGAUUAUUGCAGUGGCCAUGGAUGUAUUUACAGACCGGGACAUCUUCCGCGAUAUUGUUGAUGCAGCAUAUAAGCGAUGGAUCCCAGUCUAUGUAAUUCUAGAUGAGGACGGUGUGAAGCUCUUCCUGGAAAUGUGCAGAUGCCUUGACCUCAGUGACUUGCAGAUCCGGAACAUCCGCAUACGUUCUGUGACAGGAGUUGGGUUCUACAUGCCAGCAGGGAAGAUCAGAGGCACACUGGCAUCCCGAUUCCUGAUGGUGGAUGGUGAAAAGGUGGCCACCGGAUCAUACAGCUUCACGUGGAGUUCAUCUCAUAUUGACAGAAAUAUCCUGCUAGUCCUGACAGGACAGCAUGUGGAGAUGUUUGACGUUGAGUUUCGUGAGCUCUAUGCCAUCUCCGAGGAAGUUAAUUUAUACAAGGAAUUGGGUAUUGCUAAUCCACACCUUCUGGGAACUGGGAAGCCAGGCUUUCAUUCCUCCACUGUGGCUCGGAAGAUCAUUAACCCCAAGUAUGGCUUAGUGGCAGGGGCAGCCCGUGGUGAUAUGAUGCUCUGGGCUUCACGACACAAGCAGGAUAAUCAGGGGAAUAUGGAAAAGGAAGAAACAAGUGAGUCAAAGAAACGAUUAAAUCAAUUUCUGAAUGACUUAGUCACAUUGGAUCAAGAGCUCCCAGAAAUUGAGCCACCUCUGGAGAACUUGAACAAGCUGAAUCGGAGCCCUCAGAAACUGUUCUCCCGACUCCACAUGGACCUGAAAAAUAAAUCAAAAUCCAGAGAGUCUAUUCGUGAUGUGAAGAAAGAAGAUGCACAGGCCAAUUCAAAGCAAGGAAAACGGUUUUCCAGUGGGCUUUUCAGUCGCAGGGCCAAACGAUCUCCAGGCUCAAGCAUUGAGGCAAAUUCUUUUGCCAGUGAAGGACAUUCAGGAGAAGACCUUGGGAACAUGAAACUGGAAUAUGAGCAGCUCAGCAUUAGCCACGCCAGUGUUCAGAGCGCUGACGGCAUCUCAGGUAACCCAGGUCCAAACUCCACUAUGAGCGAUAAAAACAAACAAUCUACCUGUGUGUUAUCUUGAUUGGGAAGGAUUGUCUGGAGAACUGAAGACUGAACAAUCUGGAACAGUAACCUGUUGAUUGAUUUUGAACCUCCAGCCAUGUCCUCACGCAGUGGUCCAUCAAGCCACUGCAUGGUCCUGGAUGCACCUGGCACCUCCAGUUAAAGCACAUUUACCGGGUGAAGCAUAGACUUUGAAUGGUCAGUCCCUUAAAUGAGGGUUAGCGAUGAAUGUAUUAGUCCAUAUGUGUGUGUGCAUACAGAUUUUAUAUAUAAAAACAACUGUGAUGACUGGGUCUCAGAGCUCGCUCUGUGUCCAGAUAAAUGGAAGAGAUUUUCUGAGUUACUUGUGCUGCUACUUUAGUCUGUCUAGCUACAGACUCAGGAUCACUGUGUUGCAUUGUUUACUCUACUGCAUUGCAGAAAUGUGUUGGUCUGACAGGCUGGAAGGCAAAGUCCAAUCAAAGUGGCAAAUUCUGGGUGAAACAGUGAUGUUUACAGACAGCAGAGCAAUCCUCUGUCCUCAAGGAGUCUUCCUGUGGAUUCCUGCUGUCAUUUAUCCACAGGGAAAUGAGUGGUUAGGGGAGAAGGGUUUAGCUAGAAGAGGCCAACAGAUUAGUAUCUUAACUGUUUGUUUCGUAUCAUAAAUAUAGCAGCCGAACAAAGUGAUUUGGCAAUAAUCUACUGGGAUAUAGGGGGAUGUUUAACCUGCAGCUGAGACUGGGUCAGAGAAAUGCCUUACACAGCAGAGCGAGCAGAUCAGGGAGUAGGUACGCAGCCUUCCACGGCUGUUAUAAAAUCCUGUUUGUUGCUAAGUCAGCAAUGCUUCAUGGAAACUGUAUGAUUAAGGAGCACAUCUUCGAGGCUGAAAAGAAGAAGCAGGGCAAGCAUACAAGCUUUUCAAAUGCUCCUUUUUCUCUUUUCUUUCCUUUUUUUCUUUUUUUUUGAAGUUAACCUUUCCAGACUCUAAAACAUGCCAAAAUCCAGGGCUUUGAUCCAUAAGAAGAGCUGCAUGCAAUCAGACCAAAGGCCAUCUAAUCUGCUAUCCUGUCUCUGAGGACAGCCAGUAACAGGUGAUCACGGAAGCAUAAAAAAUAAAGCUUAGAUACAGAGGUCUUUCUCUGACACCAUUCCAGCAGUCUAUGGACUUUCUGAACUGGCAGUUCCUUCUAGACCUGGUCUUAAUGAAUACACUUAGUCCCCUUUUAAAAGUCCUUUUGUACUUUUGGCCUCCACUGCGUUCUGUGGCAGUGAACCCUGAGUUCAUUGUGUGUUAUGACAAAGAACUGUCUUCAGGCUGUUUUAAUGGUUUGUUUGAUGAUUUCAUCGAGUGACCCUAAUUCUUCCGCUGUCAGAUUCAGUGAUGACCACCCCUAUUCCUUGCCUCCUUGCCACUUUUUACAGACCUGUAUCAUAUAUGUCCUCAGCCAUCAUUUUUUUCAAGCUACAGGUUCAUGGUGUAUGUAGCUAUUCAUUAUAUGGGACCUGUUUGACACCUCUGUCCUCUUGUUCACUGGCUCUUUUCCAGUUCUACCCACUAACGAAGUGGAGAAGCAGGUUGUUUUUGUUUCUUUAGUAUGUGGAUUGAUGUUUCACCCUGCUUUAUUGCCAUCUAAAUUACAUACUCUCCUGUCAUAAAUAAGCCCUAAGAAAAAUAAAUCCCAAUCAUAAGUAUGCACCUGAAACCUAACAUACCUACUUGCCACAACUAUACAGAUAGCAGAAAAACACCAGUUUGGUUUUCUUUCUUUUUUGUUUAAGAGACACCAUUUAGUCUGUUUCAGUGUGCAAAGACAAGAAAAACCAACUGCUGCACUACCAACAAAGAAUAACCUGUUCCCAAGACUCCUCCAGGUGCUGGGUUGUUAUACUGAAGCAGCUGCCUGUAGUUGAUGAUAAAACGUCAUUGAUUGAUUGAUUGAUUGAUUUUCCUUCUUUUCCUGGAAGUGUAUUUAACUUGAAUGGCAAACAGGUUUGUUUUACUCUGAUUUUAUCCUGUGGAAUGUCUUCAAGACCUCAAAAAUCCAAAGGUAUUACGCCCUCUGUUAAACGCACUCCCCCUCUCUCAGUGGGUUAAAUGCUUGCUACUCUAUAUAACUUCUACAUAGCCUUCUGGGAACAGAAUGUAGUUUUACAGCUAGGUCUGUCAGCUCCUAUUAUCAGCAGUGUUUUAUAAAAUUGUUCCUGGUAAUGGGAGAGAAGAGGUGUUGGAAAUGACACCAUCGCUUGGACAUAGAAGUAAGUUAAUACAUGAGAUAUCCUGUUGGCUUCAGGAGCACAGUACCUGUGCCAAAAGCUAUUCACUGUAUGCGUGUAGGAUUGCCUAAAAUGGCUUGAUUUUUGCCGUGCUCCUGUUAUUCUCCAGAUGUUUAGGAGAUUUUUAUCUCUCCCAGUAUUUAUUUCAUUUUGUUAGCAGAGACCAGAGAUAAAUUUAUCAGGCCAAUGUUGUUCCGCUUUUUGUUCUCAUAGGAGUAUUGUCAUCUGCUGCUUCCUUGGUCUCCCAAACUUUCAGGUUAUUUAUUUAUUUUUUUAAAUUGUGCAAUACGUUAAUUAACUAAUUAGUACUGUGCUGAUGUAUAUGGUCAGGUUUUCCAGGAAGACCUCUAUCUCUUUGGUUUUAGGUCUUUGUUGCUUCAUCUUGGGUGGAGUGCCUUAAAUAGUCCGAGAGGCUGAUUUCACUUGCCCUUCCUUUCAUUCUGUGCUUGCUGAUGUAACGUGCUUUACUUUCUCUUUCCUAUAACAGAUGUGAAAGCGCUUUUCUUUAACCUUGUCAACUAGCAGGGUCUCCUUUCCAGUGAGAGUCACUCAUCAGUUUAUCUUCUGUAUUGUUGCCACACCAGUUUCUAAAAGGUAGCGUUCAUUAGUUGUUUUUAAUUCCCUUCCUUUUUUUUUUUUUAAUUUGGAAGUCACAGAAGUCAAAUCUCAUGCCUUGACUCCAGAGCCUCGUAGAAUUCCUUAUGCUUAUUACGCAUUGUUAAUUUACUUAAUUUAAGAGAGCAAACUUGCUUUCUUUCAUGAUGUGAAUCAGCUUCUUAAACUCAGCGUUACUCUUUGGGGACGUGUGCAACCUUGCUGCUCCAGAGUGGAUGUUUCAGACUCUGGUGGAACUUGUUCUUCCCUGCAGACAACAUCAGCUGAACUUGGACCAUCUGGCUGCUCCUAUGGCAACAGCUCUGAGUCCGGGUGAGGUGACUGCAUUUAUUUUGGCUGGUUUUGCUAAUUGUGGUUCUUUAUGAGUGCCAGAAACCUGAGGCUGUGACCUGUAAAAUGAAUCUCUAUCGCUCUCCAAAUAAAACGUGGGUGAUGGAGCUGGGGGACGGACAGGCAAGGAGCAGUGGUUAUGAAUUUUAUUGGAAGUCUGUUAAUGGAGGCUGAAGGUAUAGCAGCACCUAUAGCAGGCAAAAAUAAGCUAUUAUUUCAUCUCGUCCAAGAAGCCAUCCCUUGGAACUAAUGUAACCAAGUCAGUAACCUUCCAAGGGGGUGGGAAAGAUGGGAGAUAAUUGUUGCUGUUUUGGAGACCAAGAUUAGCUCUCUUUGGAGUCUGUUUCCUGAGCCUGGACAAUUUUUACUCUUGGGCAUGUCAGCCCAGACUUGCUGAUCUGUGUGGCAAACCACAGGACCUGUGCUGGCCAGUUCUUGGUUUUUGAAAAAAGAGUAAUGAAGCUGGGGCUCACAACUCGCUCUUUCUGGCAUGAAAUGGGGAAUGGUUCUGAAAGAGCUUCUUGGCUGAAUGUGUGCCUUCGAAGUUUCUUUUAGUAUGCAAUUAUAUAUUUAAUGUACAUGUGUCCAGUGAUUUAUGCCAGAGACCUUUUCUAAGUCAAACAAAUAAACUCUUUGCUAUGUUAUGUUCAGGUAG